CAGAGCUCACACUGCUGCACUUCAUCACACACCCUGUGCUCCAGCGCAUGCACACACAGCUUCACCUCUGAGAGCCAAUCGCAAAAAAAAGACUGAAGAUGGGGAAAAUUAACGGAUGCAUCAAAUGCCUCUUUAUCUUCUUCAAUGUGCUGUUUGCAAUCCUCGGAUGUAUGCUGAUGUUCGCGGCGGUGAAGGUCAGCGCCUACAGCCUCAUGUUUUCAGAGAUUGGGGGCCCGAACCUGGUUUGGAUUUGGGUGUUUGCCAUCGGCGUCCUUGGCAUCUCCAUCCUGGGAAUUGUAGCAGCAUGCUGCGAGAAAGAGCUCAUCCUCAAAGUAUUUGCAGGCUUCAUGGGGGUUGGAAUGAUCAUCAUGCUGAUCUUUGGCAUUAUUGUCGUUGUCGCAAGGAACGAGGUCAAAAAAGGUUUUGACAGCACUGCCUCUGAGUUUGGAAAGAUCAUCAUGAACCACAAUGAAUUGAGAGAUAUGCUUGACUCAUUUCAGCAAAGUGGUCACUGCUGUGGCCUGGGGGGCUUUGCAGACUGGGGUGACAAAAUCCCUGUUUCCUGUGAGUGCAGCUCUGGAGUAUAUGGUUCAUUUGGAGAAUCCACAUGUAAACAGAAACCUCAGGGAAUCAGCGGCCCAGACCAAAUCUAUGCAAAGGGCUGCGGUGAAUUCAUCUUUAUGUAUAUCGACAUCUUAUUCCAGGUCUCCAUGGGCUUCUGCUUUGGAUUUGCUGUCACUGCACUGCUGGGCCUGCUGAUCACCAUCCUGAUGAUCCAUCAGGUCAAACGGUACGACAGCUCCGGAGGAACAUCCAUCGCCAUGAAGGGCUAUUAAAAGAAAACCUUUACCCCUGACCUUUACCUCUGCACUGUAAUAUGAGGACUCAGUGGUCAAUACAAGAUCUCUUCUUAUUUGCUUUUUACUGCCAUUUAUGGUUUCUAAGAGAGGGCAAGCAGGGUGGGCAGGAGAUAGAGGGACGAUGUGGCAUGCUGCAGGAUGAUUUCAUUUUAGGGGUUUUGUGCUGCCUCACAGAAGUUUUUUUUUACUUUCAGCUUUCUAUUGUAGAGAAUAUUGCUUGAAUAGCAAACAUUUAUUUUUUUGUGAUUUAUUGUAUCGAUUUUGUGUUAUCUGAUGGAAUGCAGUAAUAUACUAGUCCCAUGCAACAGAGACAUAUUGUACACAAGGAUCAGUCACCAUGCUCAACAUUCACCACAUGUGACAUAUUUUUAUUAACCCGAGGAGGUCAUAACAUCCACUGCGUUCAAAAAACAAUAGUUUAGCCAACAAUAGCAGUGAUUCAUUUCAGUUUCACUGAGGAUGUGACAAACCAAGGCUCAGGGUUUUCAGAUCUCCCACAAACAGUGAACACCCCACCACCAUUAAAAACAAAAAGGGACAAAUUAUUUAAAUGGAAGACAAAUACUGUAACAGGAACUAGUUUUAUUGUGAAAUCUGCACUCAUGUCCUUUCAGAAUAAACUCUAGAGUUUGACCAUACCCCGGGAA